AUGGAUAUGGAGGAUGACCCACUGCUGCAGGAGGCUUGGCUAGAUGAGGAAGAAGAAGAGGGAGCAGAAGGAGAGACCCCUGUGGGAUCCCAGAAGCAAGAGUCAGGCCCUGGGUUGAGGAGGCAGUGUUGCUGGAACUCCAGGGUGCCACACACCUUACCACCAGCCUCUGGAUUCUGGAACACCUUGGGUUGGGCCUUCACCAACCCAUAUUGUGCGGGGCUUGUCCUCUUCCUUGGCUGCGCCAUCCCAACAGCACUAGCAGCCCUCAUGUUCCUGCAUUACCCAGCCCUGGACAUUGACAUCUCAUACAACGCCUUCGAGAUCCGCAACCACGAGGCAUCCCAACGCUUUGAUGCCCUGGCCCUGGCCCUCAAGUCUCAGUUCGGUUCCUGGGGACGCAAUCGGCGUGACUUGGCCGACUUCACUUCUGAGACCCUGCAGCGACUCAUCUCAGAGCAGCUACAGCAACUACACCUUGGAAAUAACUCCCGGCCUGCUGCCCGCCUCCGGAGGUCUAUCCCUAUGUCCCAUCCUACUGGACGCCAAGUAUGGCAAGAGAGCCUAGUGGCCAGUCGGAACACACAUACCCAGAAGGAAGCUGCCACCAAUCAGAGCAGAUGCCACCAGUGUGACACGGCAGGUUCCAUGAGAUUUGGGCCUGAUCAAAGUCAGCAUCCUGAUUCUCCACCCCUUGGGGUGUCCCUGCCCAAUCAGAGUGGGAGACUCCGGAGGGGCACCUCUCACUGGGAUUACUCUCGGGCGUAUGUGAGUGCCAAUACCCAGACCCAUGCUCACUGGCGCAUUGAGCUCAUCUUCCUGGCCCGGGGUGAUACAGAGAGGAACAUCUUUACCACAGAGCGUCUGGUCACCAUCCAUGAGAUUGAAAGGAAGAUCAUGGACCAUCCGGGCUUCCGGGAGUUCUGCUGGAAGCCUCAUGAGGUCCUCAAGGAUCUGCCUCUGGGCUCCUACUCUUACUGUUCCCCACCCAGCUCUCUGAUGACCUACUUUUUCCCCACAGAGAGGGGGGGCAAGAUCUACUAUGAUGGGAUGGGCCAAGACCUAGCUGACAUUCGGGGUUCCCUCGAGCUGGCCAUGACUCACCCAGAAUUCUACUGGUAUGUGGAUGAGGGUCUUUCAGCUGAGAACCUAAAGAGUUCCCUCCUCCGAAGUGAGAUCCUGUUUGGAGCCCCUCUCCCCAAUUACUAUUCUGUGGAAGAUCGCUGGGAGGAACAGAGGACCAAAUUUCAGAGCUUUGUGGUCACCUAUGUAGCUAUGUUGGCCAAGCAGUCUACGAGUAAAGUCCAAGUCCUGUAUGGGGGAACAGAUCUCUUUGACUAUGAGGUACGGAGGACCUUCAACAAUGACAUGCUCCUGGCCUUCAUCAGCAGCAGCUGCAUUGCUGCCCUGGUCUACAUCCUCACCUCCUGCUCAGUGUUCCUGUCUUUCUUUGGGAUUGCCAGCAUUGGCCUGAGUUGCCUGGUUGCCUUGUUCCUCUACCAUGUUGUUUUUGGAAUCCAAUACCUGGGCAUCCUCAAUGGGGUGGCUGCCUUUGUCAUUGUGGGCAUUGGUGUGGAUGAUGUCUUUGUCUUCAUCAACACCUACCGCCAGGCCACCCACCUGGAGAAUCCACAGCUGCGCAUGAUCCACACCAUCCAGACGGCGGGCAAAGCCACUUUCUUCACUUCCCUGACCACUGCUGCUGCCUAUGCAGCCAACAUCUUCUCCCAGAUCCCAGCUGUUCAUGACUUUGGCUUGUUCAUGUCUCUUAUUGUGUCCUGCUGUUGGCUGGCAGUGCUAUUCACCAUGCCUGCUGCCCUGGGAAUCUGGAACCUCUACGUGGCUCCACUGGAGAGCUCCUGCCAGACGAGCUGCCACCAGAAAUGUGUCCGGAAGAGCUCACUCCAUCUCUCCAAUGGCCUGUUCAUCAGUCCGGAGCCAGCAGGGGCUGGCUCAGCCCAGGGUCCUAUGCCCUAUCUGGAUGAUGAUAUCCCCCUGUUGAAUGUGGAGGAGGAGCCAGUCACCCUGGAGAUGGGGGAUGUCCCCCUCGUGUCUGUGCUCCCUGAGAACCUGCAGCUUCCUCUGGAGAAGAGCAGCCGAGGCCAGCUCAUCACUCAGCUGCAAGAACUUCUCCACCACUGGGUAUUGUGGUCAGCCGUGAAGAGCCGCUGGGUCAUUGUGGGGCUCUUUGUCACUGUCCUCAUCCUGUCCCUAUAUUUUGCUAGCCGGCUCCGCCCGGCUAGCCGAGCACCACUCCUUUUCCGACCGGACACCAAUAUCCAGGUGCUGCUGGACCUCAAGUACAACCUGAGUGCUGAAGGCAUCUCAUGUGUCACCUGUUCAGGUCUGUUUCAGGAAAAGCCCCACAGUCUUCAGAAUAACAUCCGAACAUCUCUGGAGAAGAAGAAAAGGGGUUCUGGACCUGCCUGGGGUAGCCGGAGUGAAGCCACCCAACAGGAACCCCAGGGCACUGUUUAUAUCUCCAAGGCCAAGAGCAAGGGCAGACCAGCCAUCUACAGGUUCUCUCUCAAUGCCAGCCUCCCUGCGCCAUGGCAGACUGUGUCCCCUGGGGAUGGGGAGGUGCCCUCCUUCCAGGUGUAUAGAGUGCCUUACGGUAACUUCACCAAGAAGCUGACCGCUUGUAUGUCUACAGUAGGGCUGCUCCAGCAGACGAGCCUCCGGAAAUGGAUGAUGACGUCUCUGGCCUGUGAUGCUAAGAGAGGCUGGAAGUUUGACUUCAGCUUUUAUGUGGCGGCCAAGGAACAGCAGCGAACCCGGAAGUUAUAUUUUGCCCAGUCCCAUAAGCCACCCUUUCAUGGGCGUGUAUGUGUGGCACCUCCAGGCUGCCUUCUCAGCUCCAGCCCAGAUGGACCCAACAAAGGCUUCCUCUACGUGCCCAGUGAGAAAGCCCCUAAGACUCGGUUGUCUGCAACCUCAGGCUUCAACCCGUGUGUGAACACCGGCUGUGGGAAGCCUGCUGUACGCCCACUGGUGGACACAGGUGCAAUGGUCUUCGUGGUAUUUGGCAUCCUUGGUGUCAACCGUACCCGGCACUCUGACAACCACGUCAUUGGAGACAUGGGCAGCGUUAUCUACGAUGACAGCUUUGACCUCUUCAAAGAGAUUGGGCAUCUCUGCCGGCUGUGCAAAGCCAUUGCAGACAACUCUGAGCUGGUGAAGCCAGGUGGGGCCCAGUGCCUCCCUUCAGGUUAUAGCAUCUCCUCCUUUCUACAGAUGUUACACCCAGAGUGCAAGAAUCUGCCUGAGCCCAACCUACUCCCUGGGCAGCUGUCCCAUGGGGCCGUGGGUGUCCGAGAGGGCAAAGUGCAGUGGAUCUCCAUGGCCUUCGAGUCGACUACCUACAAAGGCAAGUCAUCCUUCCAGACAUACUCUGACUACCUCAAGUGGGAGACUUUCCUCCAGCAGCAGCUACAGCUGUCCCCAGAGGGCUCAGCCCUUCGCCGAGGCUUCCAGACCUGUGAACAUUGGAAACAAGUCUUCAUGGAAAUCAUAGGUGUGCAGAGUGCUCUAUAUGGCCUAGUCCUUUCACUGAUAAUCUGUGUUGCUGCUGUGGCCGUGUUUACCACCCACAUCCUGCUCCUGCUGCCUGUGCUGCUAAGCAUCCUAGGCAUUGUGUGCUUGGUGGUCACCAUCAUGUACUGGUCUGGCUGGGAGAUGGGUGCUGUGGAGGCCAUAUCUCUGUCCAUCCUUGUGGGCUCCUCUGUGGAUUACUGUGUCCAUCUGGUGGAAGGGUACCUACUGGCUGGGGAGAGCCUCCCCCUCCACCCAGCUGAGGACCCAAGUGCCCAGCGCCAGUGGAGGACCCUAGAGGCUGUCCGGCACGUAGGUGUGGCCAUUGUCUCAAGUGCUGUCACCACAGUCAUAGCAACGGUGCCCUUGUUCUUCUGUAUUAUUGCUCCCUUUGCUAAAUUUGGGAAGAUCGUCGCACUCAACACGGGGGUCUCCAUUCUCUACACUCUCACCGUCAGCACAGCCCUGCUGGGUAUCAUGGCACCCAGCUCCUUCACCCGAAGCAGGACUUCCUUCCUUAAAGCCCUUGGGGCUGUACUCUUGACUGGUAGUCUGGGCUUGGGUAUCUGUCUUCUGCUUCUAAGAAAUGGAUACAAAAUCCCCCUACCCAGUGGGACCAACCUCUAG